GAGGAUGCUAUUGCCUGCAUACCGGAUAGUGUACACAUGUUUGUAAGACUUCUGCUUGGUGAACAGUUGCUGCUUGAAACAGCGUUCGAGAGUGGGAGUACCGAAGGCGAAGAUGACGGAACAGAUAACGAAGUCGACCUUUCUGACGAUGAAGUUGUGAACGACACUGAGCCGGUCGAGACAGAAGAUAAGCAAUCAGAAGCGCGCCAUAAUAAACGUGAUCAGCACGUUGAAACCAGAGUAGUGAGUGUUGCUCAGGAUAUAGUUUACAAGGAUUAA